AUGCAUCGAUAUAGAGACGAACUAGGGAGAUUUGCUCAAUGUCCAAAUUUAGAAACCCUUAGUGAAAUUCUAUCUGACUCAUCUUCUACGUCUCCGUCUUCACACUCGUCGUUGGAAUUCGCAUUUCAAAAUCUAUUCGCAAUGUCACAACACGAGGAAGUUCAGCAAAGGACGUUGCAAGAUUACUUGCACCCAACGCACACAGCCACCCCAUCUUGCAUCAUGUUCCCACCGAAUGCACCGCCUACGGAUUUCAAGCCGGGCAUGAUUGCACUUCUCCCAACUUUUCACGGAUUAGAGAACGAGAAUCCAUAUGUACACAUUCGGGAGUUUGAAGAGGUGGUGGCCACCUUUCACAGCCAUGCUGAGGCCGCAAACACCGUCAGUUUGAAGUUUUUCCCUUUUUCUUUGAAUGACAAGGCCAAAAGCUGGCUGUAUUCUCUUAGGCCCAGGUCUAUUGGUACGUGGAAAGAAAUGACGACGACAUUCUUCAACAAGUAUUUCCCACACCAUAAGACCAACAAUUUGAAACGACAAAUCUUGAAUUUCGCUCAGAAGGAAAACAAAACUCUCUAUCAAGCUUGGGAGCGUUUUAAGGAUCUAUUAAAUCUAUGUUCCCACCAUGGAUAUGAAAGUUGGCGCCUCGUAAGCUAUUUCUACGAUGGACUCACAAUCCGAGAGUGCCAAUUUGUUGAGAUGAUGUGCAAUGGAGAUUUUCUCCAAAAGGAUCCUGAUGAAGCUAUCGAGUACCUGAAUGAGUUAGCUGAGAAAGCUCAUACUUGGACUGGACCGAGUGCUACUGAGAGCACCAGUAGGUCCCGACCAGUUGGAGUUUAUCAAUUAAGGGAAGAGGACAGUCUUAAGGCCCAAGUUGAAGCUUUGACGAAGCAAAUUGAGGCCCUCAAAAGUAAAGAUAGUAAAGGACCCUACAUGGUGGCAAGGACAGAGGCACAUGAGCCUUGUUUAGUUUGUGGUCGAAUGGGGCAUCUAACUCAGGAUUGCCACACUUUAAGUGAAAUGAGAGGGGUAUAUGAGGAGCAGUGUAAUGCAUUGGGCACAUACAAGAAGCCUUACGGACCUUUCUCAAAAUCUUACAAUCCUAGUUGGAAGAACCACCCGAAUUUCAGUUGGCGAGAUUCGAACCAACAUGUACAAUCAUUUGGAGGGCAAUGGUGA